GUGUUGAAAUAAAAUCAAGUGGCAGACAGAAGCCAACAGCAGAAAGCACAGAUCCAUGAGAGCCAUGUUUCGACUUCUGCUGCUUUUGGGGUUUUUCAACCUUGGUGUCUGUCUGCCACGUCAGUAUCACUUCAUUAAUGAGAAUAAGACCUGGUCUGAAGCACAGAGAUACUGCAGAGAGAAUUAUGUUGAUUUAGCCUCUAUUAAUAACACUGAAGAGGACUUGGCCCUUACAAACAUAACAGACAUCUGGAACAGCAGGCGAGCCUGGAUUGGUCUGUAUGAUGAUCUGAACAGCUGGAAAUGGUCUCUGGAUGAUGAUUCUUUCUACAAGGAGGGAGAGAGAAGCUUUAGAAACUGGUUUAUACAGAUGCCAAGAGACUGGUAUGGAAUCAGUUUGUGUGUGUAUGUAUCUUAUUAUGAUGGAGUUUGGUGGGAGACAUCUUGUUCCUCAAUGCUUCGUUUCAUGUGCUUUGAUGGUGAGUAAUGCAGAUU